AUGCAAUGCAGGCGAUGCCCCAAAUGUAAUAUGUAUGCAGAAAUAAGUGCCUGUCUGGAUAGGCGUCUCGGUUCCUCGGCAUGCAAACACCAUACUUGUGAUUUCCUUCAAGACUAUGCUCCACAUGUCGUCGAGCGGUGCCAAAAAUGCGGCACUGGUGAAUACGGGGAACUCCGUUUGGAGGAACUAAUGAAUAAUCUGCCGCCCUUGAAUCUUUUGCGGGGACACGGCGUGGUGGAGCAGCGAACAUGGGACGGGCCACGCCUUGUCAACCCCACAACACAAGAGAUCCAAGAACAAAUCUCAAAAUUGAAUGCGAGGGAAGGAGAAAAAGAAAGGAGGGAAAAAAAAAAAAAAAAAAGGAGGAAAGAAAAGAAAAAUAAAUCUCUCUCAUGGACAUACACAAUAUGUGGCCAUUUCAAGGUAUGA